CACCGUCUGCCAUGUCUGUGUUUGAACCGACGUGUCUGCUAUGGCACUAUGACGACUUGACCCGCUGCGGCCGGAACAAGCUCGCCUACUACCCUCCGCUCGUGGUGGGUUCCAUCUCAUUCGUGAUUCUCGUUAUUAAGUCCUCCAUCUCGCUCUACAAGAGACGCCAGUCAAUUCGUCUUUCCGAAAACGAAAGCCAACCCCUUUUGGCCAGUUCCACUGGAUACGGAGCUGUAGACCCUGCUGCCAUCCAAAACGAAUCUAUUUCCUUAAAAGCGCGUCAUUUUGACAUUGUUCGUCUUCCAGACACCAACGAAGACGGCUCACCCCACGGAGUAAUCCAGGAAGUGUACAAAGACGUGUACGAAAGAGUUAGAGUCGUUGUCGAAUACCUUCUUGUCGCUUUCCAAGUUGCAUUGGCUCUCAGUUUGUUCUUUUAUGCGGAUUCCGCCAAAGAAUUUAAACACGAACCUUUGACUCCAUACGUUAAAUCCACCUUCUGGCUAUACCUUCUCGUGAUUGCUACUUUCAGAGUUAUCAACUUGAGAAAGGUCAAUGUCCGUUUGCCUAACUUGUGGGUCCACUCGACUACGCUCUAUUUCUUCAACGUGUUCCCUACGCUUCUCACCUUCAGGUCUGCCCUCGUACAGGGCUCUAGACUUUCUGAUCAUGUCCGUUUCUACUAUGUAAGCGAAUUCAUUGCCUCGCUAGUACUCUUGGUGUUGAACUUCACUGCCAAAAUCGGAGACAAACCUUGUACUCUCUAUAUAACCAGCGAUGGCACUGUACCUUCUCCUGAACACAUUUCUUCUGUCUGGCAAUUUGUCACUUACUCGUGGUUGGACAAGAUGAUCUGGAGAGCCUGUAAGAGUACCAUGAACCAAGAAGACAUCUGGGGCUUGAGAGACGACGACUAUUCCCUCUAUAUUCUCAAAGCCUUUGAGGCUUCCAAAUCUACUGCCAGAUUCACCUGGAAGUUGUUUUCGCACUUUAAGUACUUGUUUGCUGCCCAAGCAUUUUGGGCCAUUUUGGAUUCCAUCUUGGUCUUUGCUCCUUCGUUGUUGUUGAAGAGAGUGUUGGAGUACGUCGAGGAUCCAUCCAGCUCUCCUGCUUCUUUGGCCUGGUCCUUUGUUUUCUUGAUGCCUAUCUUCAAGAUGUUUGACUCUGUUGCUUCUGGAUGUUCCCUUUUCAUCGGUAGAAGAGUCUGUCUUAGAAUGAGAGCCAUUAUAAUCGGAGAAGUCUACGCUAAGGCUUUAAGAAGAAAGAUCACUGUUUCGGAAGUCUCUGACGACUCCGAAUCUGAAGACGACAAGACUGACAAAAACGACAAGAAGGACGAAAAGGAAAAGUCUGGAAAGAAGACCGCAGAACUCGGUGCCAUUAUCAACUUAAUGGCCAUAGAUGCGUUCAAGGUGUCUGAAAUCUGUGGCUACUUGCAUUUUUUCGUCGGUGCCAUCUUGAUGCUCGUCAUCUGUAUUGGUCUCUUAUACAACUUGUUGGGAUGGAGUGCCUUAGCUGGUUCGGUUUCCAUCAUUGCAUUGUUGCCUGUUAACUACAGAAUCGCCAAUUGGGUGUCCAAAUUGCAGGAAGACAUGCUUGCCAUCACCGACAAGAGAAUCCAGAAGUUAAAUGAAACGUUCCAGAGCAUCAGAAUCAUCAAGUUUUUUGCCUGGGAAGACAAGUUUUUCGAGCUGGUUAUGGGCAUCAGAAACGAAGAGUUGAGCUACUUGAAGUGGAGAUCGUUUGUAUGGUGUCUUGGUGGUAUGGUGUGGUUCUUGACACCUACUUUAAUCACCUUGAUUUCUUUCUACUGUUACACCAUCGUUGAAGGAAACACCUUGACUGCAUCCAUUGCAUUCACUUCGUUAUCAUUAUUCACGUUGUUAAGAUCGCCCUUGGACCAGUUAUCUGAUAUGACUUCAUUGGUUGUCCAGUCCAAGGUCUCUCUUGACAGAGUUAGUGAUUUCUUGGAUGAAGAAGAAACUGACAAGUACGAGCAAUUGGCAGUAGAGAGAGGUCCCAACUCGCCCUACAUCGGUUUCGAAAACGCUACAUUGUCAUGGAACGCUGCCUCUGAAAACGACUUCAAGUUGAGAGACAUCAGCAUCGACUUCAAAGCAGGGAAAUUGAAUGUCGUUAUCGGUCCAACUGGUGCAGGUAAGACUUCCUUGUUGAUGGCUUUGUUGGGUGAAAUGCAACUUGUCAACGGUAACGUCUUCUUGCCAGGAACUACCCCUAGAGACGAGUUGAAAAUCGACCCUGAAACUGGAUUGACUGAAUCUGUUGCUUAUUGCUCUCAAUCUGCCUGGUUAUUGAAUGAAACCAUCAGAAACAAUAUUACCUUCGGUGCUCCUUUCAAUGUAGAACGUUACGCCAAGGUGGUAGAAGCCUGUAGUUUGACCCGUGACUUGGAAAUUUUGUCUGCUGGUGACUCCACUGAAGUUGGUGAAAAGGGUAUUACCUUGUCUGGUGGUCAGAAACAAAGAGUUUCUUUAGCCAGAGCCUUGUACUCUAAUUCCAAGCAUCUUAUCUUAGAUGACUGUUUGUCUGCUGUGGACUCGCACACUGCUUUGUGGAUCUACGAAAACUGUAUUUCUGGGCCUUUGAUGGAAGGUAGAACUUGUAUCUUAGUUUCUCACAACGUAGCUCUUACUGUGCAGAAUGCUGCUUGGGUUGUCGUGAUGGAAAACGGAAGAGUCAAGACUCAAGGUACUCCUGAAGACUUGGUGCAUACUGGUUCUCUUGGUGAUGAUGAUUUGAUCAAGUCCUCUGUCAUGGGCUCCAGAAACCAGUCGUCUACUAACUUGCAAUCCUUGGAAGAUAAAAACGCCGAUAUGAAGGCUAAGGCUGCUGUUAUUGAAUCGAAAUUGAAGGCUGUUGCUGACGAACAUACUGAAGACGAUAGCAAGAAAACUGAUGGUAAGUUGGUAGAAGAAGAAACUAAGGCUGAAGGUGUUGUUAGUUCUGAUGUUUAUCUCGGUUACGCUAAGCUCUUUGGUGGCUUGCCCACUUGGGCUGUUGUCAUUUCUUGUUUCGUUCUUUCUCAGGGUAUCUUCAUGACUCAGUCGUGGUGGUUGAGAAAUUGGUCUAUCGACAGUGAAAGGGCCAGCUCGUUCAUGAAUUCUAUGGGUUUGGUCUCUGUGUCUAAUGUCUAUGAUUCAACUCAGUUAACGCUGUCUACAGUUGUUCGUACGUUCACUGGUGCUGCUCAUUGGAUCAGUGCCUCUAUCUCUGUGGCUGAAGAAUUCAAAUCUAAACACGGCCCUCUUUAUUACAUUUCCAUCUAUGCUAUUAUUGGUCUUUCGUAUGGUAUUUCUGCCUCAUUGAGAGUAUUUGUUACUUUCUUUGCUGGUAUCAGAGCUUCCAACAGAAUUUUCAAGAAAGUAUUGACAACAAUUUUGAGAGCCAAGUUGAGAUUCUUCGACAAGACUCCUCAGGGUCGAAUCAUGAACAGGUUUUCUAAGGAUAUUGAGUCUGUUGAUCAAGAAUUGACACCAUUUGCUGAAGGUGUGUUCAUUUGCCUUGUUCAAUGUGUUUCUUCGUUGAUUUUGAUUACUUUGAUUACUCCUGGCUUUUUGAUCUUUGCUUUAAUUAUUGCUUUCUUGUACUACUUGGUCGGUUAUUUCUACAUUACUUUGUCCAGAGAAUUAAACAGAAUUCAUUCUGUUACCAAGUCUCCUAUCCACCAGCACUUCUCUGAAUCCUUGAACGGUGUUGCAACCAUUAGAGCCUAUGGUAUUGAAUCCAGGUUCAUGAAGCAGAAUUUGAACGCCAUUGAUGCAAAUAACAAGCCUUUCUUCUACAUGUGGGUUGCUAACAGAUGGCUUUCCAUUCGUAUCGAUUUUGUUGGCUCCAUGGUGAUGUUGUUUUCUGGUGUGUUUGUCUUGCUUUCUGCUGGAAUAAUCGAUGCUGGUUUGGCUGGUUUGUCUUUGACAUACGCUAUUGCCUUCUCUGAAAGUGCCUUGUGGAUCGUUAGACUUUAUUCUAAUGUUGAGAUGAACAUGAAUUCAGUUGAAAGAUUGCAAGAAUAUCUUGAAGUAGAACAGGAGCCUCCAUAUGAUAUUCCAGAAACGCAGCCACCUGCUUCUUGGCCGGAGACUGGUAGAAUCAAGGUCAACGAUGUUUCGUUGAGGUACUCUCCAGAAUUACCAAGAGUGAUCAAGAAUGUCACCUUUGAUGUGGAGCCAAACCACAAGGUGGGUAUUGUUGGUCGUACUGGUGCUGGUAAGUCUACCAUCAUCACCGCAUUCUUUAGAUUCUUGGAUCCAGAAACUGGCUCCAUCCACAUCGAUGGCAUAGACAUCACUAGCAUCGGUUUGCGCAACUUGCGUCAAGCCAUUACAAUCAUUCCACAAGACCCUACCCUUUUCUCAGGAACCAUACGGUCUAACUUAGAUCCAUUUAGUCAGUACACUGAUGAACAAAUAUUCGAAGCAUUGAAGAGAGUCAACUUGAUUGGCCGGAACGAAACGCCUGCCACUACUGCUGGCGAAAAUCAGAACAAGUUCUUCAAUCUUGAUGCUUCCAUCUCUGAGGGUGGUGGUAAUUUGUCGCAGGGUGAAAGACAAUUGGUUUGUUUGGGUAGAUCAUUGCUCAAGAACCCUAAGGUAAUACUUCUUGACGAAGCAACCAGUUCUAUUGACUACAAGUCGGACGCUAUGAUCCAACAAACGAUCAGAGAAGAAUUCUCCAACUCCACAAUUUUAACAAUUGCCCACAGACUAAGAACCAUCAUCGACUACGAUAAGAUAUUGGUGAUGGACGCUGGUAGAGUCGUUGAAUACGAGAAUCCCUACGUAUUAAUAGCCGAUAAAACCUCGUUAUUCUAUAGCAUGUGUGAAAACAGUGGUGAGCUUGACUCAUUGAUCAAGUUGGCCAAGGAGGCUUUUGUGGAGAAGAAGAACAAACAAUCCAAAAAGUGAUUUGGGUUCAGGCUCAUUAUACAUUCAUAUUCCAUUUCCUUAGACUUAUUCCAUUUGGUUUUUAAUUUAAUUGUUGGUUACCGUUUUUAUUAACUUUUUUUAGCUAUAUAGUGUCUAUUUAAUAGUAUACUAUAUACAU